AUGGCGAAUCUACAAGCUUCCUACGUCGAGGGUUCUUCUGGCCUGGACACGCCCAUCCCGGCGUCCAUCGUGUACGAUCCGGAGCUCUCGAAGAUCUUCUCAGCCCUGGCUGCGCCUCUAUUGCAGAGUCAAGGCGGCCAGCUGCCGGGCUCCGUCCCCGCGAGUGCUUCGGGACAGACGACCUGUGCAGAGUCGACUCCUCGCUCACAGGUGGAUCUGUUCAGUCUCGCGAGUCCUGCAGAGAGAGCCCGCAGAGACCGGCAGGGAUUCUGCGAGAAAAGCGCGGCUCGCACGUCGACGUGUGCAGAAACGGCCGACGACCUGGCGCGCGCCCUCCAGGCUCUGGCUGGUCACUUGACGGAGCUGGCGGAGAACGAGCUUUCGGGCUCUCCUGCCAGUCGCCCCAGCGCCUACUCUUUCGGCGGGGCUAGCGAUGUGAACCCGGAGCUGAAGGCCGACGAAGACAGCCGUCAAACCCGAACACGCAGCAGUCUCUCGGCAGGAAAUGCUGGAGCUCUUUCUCAAGCUGCUUCCGUUGCUGAAGCCGCGUCCACGCGUACGACGGGCUCACGCGCAAGCGAGAGUCCUCGGGCGACUGGAGGAAUUGGGCAGAGGCAAGAGAAGAGCAGCCGAAAGCCUCGAUUGAAUCUGCGCGGGGGACAGGGACAGAGCCUGCGGCCUGCCUCACCUGACGCAAUGGACGCCAGGGGCCGCGCAAGCAAGCGCCCAGCGAGCGAUACACUUGUAGAGGGAGACGUGUCCCCAACGGGCAGCGAGGUUUCCUCCCACCUCUCUUCGGAGAAAACCUACGAAGAGAGUUGCAAGAGCCCGAAGGUUCGAGAAGGUGACUCGCCCAGAUGUGGCGGCCGCGUAUGCUGCUACUCAGAUCGUUUGCUGCAGAAGGACCUCGAGGACGUCCUUCAGUUGGAGCGAGCGACCUCGCGACUGCUGUUGGACUGCCCUCAGUUGACGCCGGCCUCGCUCCAAGACAUCAGUGUGAAGACUUGGCCCCACAGGAGCCAGCUGAAUCUGCCGCUGCCUUCACGUGGAGUUCCUCUGGACGGACUGGCAUCAUCGAGACCGUCAGCGCUCGCUCAUCCAUCCAAACUUGAAUCGCCAAGCCAAGCCACAUCGCCAACAAGCAGCUCCGUGCCUUGUAUGCUUCCGAAAUCUUUCCGAAGUCGCAGCGACUAUCUCUCCUUGUGCAGCCUGCAGACGGGAAUGUCUGAAAUGGAGAAGGAGCGCGAACCUCGCUCUCUCGACGAGCUCAAAUCGCUUGGCGGCGAUGAGGUUCUUGGUCUUACGGAAAUCCACAUGCUGGCUGAGAGCCUGGCGAAGGAAUUUAUGGAGUCGUCCUGCCCGCGACUGAGCCCUGACGAUAGCCCGAGCUGCCGACUCAAGUACCGCAGGGACAACUUGUCCUUCACGGUGCUCCCCUCGAAAGGCCAGACAGGAAGUGACAGUCCCUCCGCAGUUUUUAGGCUGGAUGGACGCCGAGAGCGAUCCCCCUCCAGGUCUUCCAAGAAGGACGUUGCCGCCCCGUGGUCUGCGGGAGGGAUGUUUAUCGCCCCUUAUGCAUCAGGUGGGAGCAGUAGCGCUUUUUUCGCAGGCAAUGCCUCCGGGUGGAGAGGUACACUGGGCGCGAGCCCAAUCAACCAUGCUGGAGAGAGUGGGGUUAAUGACUCUACUGUGGGAGCUGUUGUGAGUGCAUUCCUGAAAGCAACGUCUAUCGUCGCAGAGACGGCUGCCGAACAGCUUAGGGAAAUGCCCUCGUUGGGCACGGACGCCGGUCUGCGACAAAAGUUCAUGCCUUGGCUGAACAGCAAAGCAGAAGGCCAGCUGGAAUCAUUCCGUAGAACGGCAUAG